GCGACUUCUGUGAGGUGAGAUGGAUCUUUAAUUUCCCUCCCUACACCUGCCACAACACAGAAGUUUGAGCACAACCAGAGGGAGCAGACUGGAAUUUAAUAGCUCUGCACAGUGAGCAAUGUGAUAAGGCAGAGGUCAGACUGAAGUAGGCGAGCUGCCAAUGGGAGGUAAGAAAAGAAAGAAGAGCAUCAGUAAUUAUUUGUAGUAGUUUGACCAUAAAAGGGAAGAAAGAUUGAAGAGCAGCUGAAGAGAGGUUUUAUACAAUCAAGAAACACAUGAGAGAGGCCUCUUUCAAGCAUUAUUAAGCUAUGAAAAUGGAACUGAAGCUUAUUUUCCCCCUUCAAAUGGUAAGUCCAGCUGUGAGCAGGGUGUUCUGUUCUUCACUUCCAGCAAGCCAGAGUUUUAUAAAUGGACACUGACAUGGACUACGAAAGACCCAACGUUGAAACCAUCAAGUGUGUGGUCGUGGGAGACAACGCUGUUGGGAAGACACGUCUGAUCUGUGCCAGAGCAUGUAAUACGACCCUAACACAGUAUCAGCUACUGGCCACCCACGUACCAACCGUGUGGGCGAUUGACCAGUACCGGGUCUGCCAGGAGGUCUUGGAGCGUUCCCGGGAUGUUGUUGAUGAAGUGAGCGUUUCUCUCAGGCUUUGGGAUACUUUUGGUGAUCAUCACAAAGACAGGCGGUUUGCAUAUGGCAGGUCCGAUGUUGUGGUCCUCUGUUUUUCAAUCGCUAAUCCCAAUUCCCUAAAUCAUGUGAAAACCAUGUGGUAUCAAGAAAUCAAGCACUUUUGCCCUCGAACACCUGUUGUUUUAGUUGGCUGCCAGCUAGAUCUCCGCUAUGCUGAUCUGGAAGCUGUUAAUCGAGCCAGACGCCCUUUAGCGAGGCCCAUAAAGAGAGGGGAUAUUCUGCCCCCAGAAAAAGGGCGAGAGGUUGCAAAGGAGCUUGGCAUACCAUACUAUGAGACAAGCGUAUUUGACCAGUUUGGAAUCAAGGAUGUGUUUGAUAAUGCAAUCAGAGCAGCGCUGAUUUCCCGCCGGCACCUGCAGUUCUGGAAAUCCCACUUAAAGAAAGUUCAGAAGCCUUUACUUCAGGCACCAUUCCUACCUCCAAAAGCGCCUCCACCAGUCAUCAAAGUUCCAGAAUGUACCUCCAUGGGGACGAAUGAAGCUGCCCGUUUACUGGACAAUCCUCUGUGUGCCGAUGUCCUGUUCAUCCUUCAAGACCAGGAGCACAUCUUCGCACACCGAAUUUACCUCGCUACCUCCUCUUCCAAAUUUUAUGAUCUUUUUUUAAUGGAAUGUGAAGAAACCCCAAAUGGGAGUGAAGGAGCUCGUGAGAGAGAGAAGCAGAGCAAGGAUUUUGAGGGGAGGGCAUUGAGUCUUGACCCAGACAAGGAAGGGCAGGAAGGCUCCCUGAGGACACCGCAGGCCAGUCAGUGGGAGUCCUCGAGCCAGAACCUGUCCCAGCAGGAGACUCUGGAGCUGGAAGCUGCAAGCCUGACUCCAGAGACGCAGACUUUGUUCGGCUGGAGUAAGGGGUUUGUUGGUAUGCACAGAGAAAUGCAAGUCAAUCCCAUUUCAAAGCGGCUGGGUCCCAUCACUGUGGUCAGGAUGGACUCGUCAGUCCAGCCGGGCCCCUUCCGGACCCUGCUCCAGUUUCUGUAUACAGGGCAACUGGAUGAAAAGGAAAAGGAUUUGAUGGGCCUAGCGCAGAUUGCAGAGGUCCUGGAGAUGUUCGAUUUAAGGAUGAUGGUAGAAAACAUCAUGAACAAGGAAGCCUUCAUGAACCAGGAGAUUACAAAAGCAUUUCAUGUCAGGAAAGCCAAUCGGAUUAAAGAGUGCCUCAGCAAAGGGACCUUCUCGGACGUGACAUUCAAGCUGGACGAUGGAGCCAUCCGUGCCCACAAACCACUGCUGAUCUGCAGCUGCGGGUGGAUGGCUGCCAUGUUUGGAGGGUCAUUCGUGGAAAGUGCCAACAGUGAGGUAUAUCUCCCAAACAUAAACAAGAUGUCAAUGCAGGCGGUACUGGAUUAUCUCUAUACCAAGCAAUUGUCACCUAACUUGGACCUGGACCCACUGGAAUUAAUUGCCUUGGCAAACAGAUUUUGCCUACCACACUUGGUUGCACUUGCAGAGCAACAUGCUGUUCAGGAGCUGACCAAGGCCGCCAUGAGUGGCGUGGGCAUUGAUGGGGAAGUGCUCUCUUAUUUGGAACUGGCCCAGUUUCACAAUGCCCACCAGUUGGCCGCCUGGUGUUUGCACCAUAUCUGCACCAACUACAACAGUGUUUGUUCCAAGUUCCGCAAGGAAAUCAAAUCGAAAUCUGCAGACAACCAGGAAUACUUUGAGCGGCACCGCUGGCCCCCCGUGUGGUACCUAAAGGAAGAGGACCACUACCAGCGGGUGAAAAGGGAACGAGAGAAGGAAGAUAUUGCACUGAAUAAACAUCACUCAAGACGAAAGUGGUGCUUCUGGAAUUCAUCUCCAGCGGUCGCCUGAGGAGGAAGAGGAAAAACCCAGUAAUCUGACCCACCACUUUUAGAAGCACUACUGUAAAUUAGUCUUAUUAUUGGAAAUAAGUCGUAGUUCAGGUUUCAGGCACUGAUCUUCCUCCACGUUUGUGCAUUUAUCUUUGCUGGGAUCGAAGCACAAUCCCCAUCAAUGCGCCUGGACAAAAAGGGAAGUUGAUGCUCACUGCAUUCCUUAAACUUACAUUUUUUGUUAGAAGGCUAAAUAAAAUUUAGUCCGUUACCUUGUUUCUUUUUAUACAAAGGAAAAAAAAUCCAACUUUGAUGUUUCAAAUUCCAAAUUGGAAAAUAUUUUUAUAUGGUCUCUUGUAUUUUAUUGAAAUGAAAAUACUGUGUAUUACUUUAUUUUACAGGCCACAAAUUAACCAUGAAGUCACCCUGUGAUUCUCUCUGCCCACAUGACCACCGAGCAUUAUUUCAUAAUUAGAGGGUUAUCCUUUUGUUGUGAAGUAAAGGGUUGGAAUGAAAUUCCCCUAAGUGCAAGUUAGAGACUGUUUAAUCUUUGUUAUGCCGAAUAACAUCGAUAUAAUUACCAAGUCAACUCCAAAAAUGUGUAUUUAAAAUAUUUGAAGUGUAAGUGCUAGUAAUUAUAUGGUUAUAUGUGCCAUGUAAAAUAUAGUGAUAUCAAAUCUUCUGUUGUCUAAAAUGUCUAGAUUCAAAAGGAUAAUCUUUAUAAUCACUAGAAGGGCUUAUUAAAUCCCAGCAUUAUCAGGGCAAACUCACUGGUGGACCUGAAUACAAAAGAUACCGUAAAGCAUUGGUGUUUGGAUUGCUGCAUUAGGGUUUAUAUCUCUCAGUAUUCCUUGAUCUUGCCGUGCUUUUGCAUGCAGAUUCUCUGCUGAACUUGAACUGAGAUGGGCAAGGGAAAAGGUCCCCCGGACUUGUCCCACCGUCUAUAGGCGUGUCACAUCUCACGACCCAAAACAGGCUUCCUCAGGUCUCCCACCUGCAGCCAACUUCUCUAAGACACAUAUUUUUAACUCUUCCCAGGGAAAAUUUAUGAUGCUUCAGAAGUAGGUUAAGGCAGACCACCCAGCCCUGCUGAAAUUCAGCCAGGGCCUGUGAAAGCGCAAAGCUGGAGGCUGGGUAGUCUAGGCUCCCUGCAUUCUCCAACGCAGACAGGAAUCUUAUUCCAAGAGUCUAGGAAAUGGUGCUAUUGUGAGUUAGUUCUGACCCUUUGUCAUUCUGAGUUUUCAGUGUUAAAAUAGGAAGUGUUGAGCAGGGGAGCUUUUGAGAGGCAGUCAAUCAUUGCUUCUCUGUAAAUUAAAAUGUUGCAGCACUUAUACAGAGCAUUUUAAGGUCACAGUUCCAUACCUGCCAUGGGAUGUUGUAUGGUGGGGCUGGGCUUAUUCUGUUGGGAGGUCAACUUACUGAAGCUAAAGACUGUUAAUUGUCUUUCCUUGCUUUCAGAAGUUGGAAAAAAGACAGUUGAGUCCAAAUCCCAAUGUUGACAGUCAUAUAUAUGCAUUUGAAAAUCUAUCAGGAUUGCAGAUGGGCAUGUUUAUUGGCAGUGGAUACACACCAGAUACAGGAGUUUGUAGAGGCCCAGCAAUGCACCCUCCCUCACGACAAAGGAGGGGGCCAUAGAUUAGGGGUGGGUGGUUGUAAAUGCACCUACUUUAAUUUUUGGUCAGUCGGGUUGUAAAUCAUUAAUGGAAGGAGAAAAGAGACAGAAUGAGAGAAUAAAUCUCAACACUCAGGAAGAAUUGGCAUAUUUCUCAUCAUAAAAAAGGUAAAAGCUGAGUUUUUAGUGGUAGUCAGAGUUGAAUUUUUACAACCAAAGCUCCCAUGUGAUUGUUACUGUAAUCUUGCCAAAAUGUAGUGGACAUAUAAGUGAACCUGGGGUAUAAGCAAUAAUAUCCACUAGUGUUUGUUAUCAGCUACUGUAACCAAGUGGCUGGUUCAUUUGGUUGAUGCUGAUUAUGGCCUUUAACCAUGGUGGUUUGUUUUGUGUUUUUAUUUCACAAAAAGCCAAUAAAAUUGUUUAGCUA